CCCUUUUCCUGCUGCGUUAUAUAUUUGGGCGGCUCUCAGCCUCACCUCGCAACAAGCAGCAGCAAAGCAUCAGGAAUCGCUUGUGUCCGUCCCCUCCUCCCUUCUCAUCUUGUUCUGCCGCCGAGGGAGUCCGAGCGAGCUACAGCUUCUUCGGCUUGAAACUUCUUGGUGCUGUUGUGUUGCACGAAUGGCUCUGGCUCGUAUGUGUCUGAGUAGCACCCCUCUCCUCCGCGGCCGGCGCUCCUUCCCAUUGUCUGCGGUUAGUACCGCUCGGGGAGGCAGCAUGGAUAUUGAUUUCGGAGCGCCUUCCUCGUAUUCUGCUGUCCCCGAUCAUCCCUCUUCUCCAAAACGGGAAGACGAGAAGAAAGGCGGGGAGGUCGCGCCGGCGGAGUCAUCAUCGGCUCCUGCUCGUCGCAGAAGUGGGCUGCUCUCGAGCCAGCCCUGGGACCUCAUUCCCUUCCGUUUCCACAACAUUGGGUUGGGGAACGCACUAUGGCAAGUGUCCGAGAAUUUGAAUAGAUUAUUGGAGAACUGGGCACCCUCUCGUUUCCUUGGUCGUAUGAAGGAAGUCAAAGACUGCUACAAACUACGUUAUGAGGUGCCGGGGCUAAGGAAGGAAGACAUGAGGAUCACAGUGGAAGAUAGAUUUCUGGUGAUCACAGGAGAGCGCAAGGAGGAAGAGGAUGACUCUGACGAGGAGGGUGGUUGGUACUCCAAAAGAUACGGAUACUACAAUACUAGCUUACUGUUGCCGGAUGAUGCCAAAGUGGAAGAGAUCAAGGCGGAGGUUAAAGAUGGGAUUCUCUGCAUUACUAUACCUAGGAACGAAGAGAAGAAACGAAAUGUUAGAGAGGUCAAAAUCCAGUAGCAUCUUGUAUUUGUCGCAGCAGUUCUGCGGUUGCGACAUGUUACAGUACAUGUUCCUCAUUCCAGGCUACGUAGCAACGCUUAUGUGAGAAAGUACCAACGUUUUGGGUGUUUUUGUCUUUUAAGCUGUUUCUGGCUGAUGUUCUUGAUAAAUGAAGUGUUCGUGCUGGAGGUUCAACUGUGUCCUUA